GAGCAGCUGCGCUAGGAGAGGGCGCCGCAGCCGCGAGGAGGAGCCGCCGCCGCCCCGAGGCCCCGCCGGACCCGGCCUCCGUCCGCCCGCGCCCCCGCUCGGCCCCCUCGCCCCGCGCCUCCCGGCAGAAUCCCCUCGCGGCGGCAGAUGUGUGUGGGGUCAGCCCACGGCGGGGACUAUGGUGAAAUUCCCGGCGCUCACGCACUACUGGCCCCUGAUCCGGUUUCUGGUGCCCCUGGGCAUCACCAACAUAGCCAUCGACUUCGGGGAGCAGGCCUUGAACCGGGGCAUCGCUGCUGUCAAGGAGGAUGCAGUGGAAAUGCUGGCCAGCUACGGGCUGGCGUACUCCCUCAUGAAGUUCUUCACUGGUCCCAUGAGUGACUUUAAAAAUGUGGGCCUGGUGUUUGUGAACAGCAAGCGAGACAGGACCAAAGCUGUCCUGUGCAUGGUGGUGGCCGGUGCCAUUGCCGCCGUCUUCCACACCCUGAUAGCUUACAGCGACUUAGGCUACUACAUUAUCAAUAAACUACACCACGUGGAUGAGUCUGUGGGGAGCAAAACGAGAAGGGCCUUCCUGUAUCUUGCUGCCUUCCCUUUUAUGGAUGCAAUGGCAUGGACCCAUGCUGGCAUUCUCCUAAAACACAAAUACAGCUUCCUCGUGGGAUGUGCCUCCAUCUCCGAUGUCAUAGCUCAGGUCGUGUUUGUCGCCAUCUUACUGCACAGCCACCUGGAAUGCAGAGAGCCUCUGCUCAUCCCCAUCCUGUCCUUGUACAUGGGCGCCCUCGUGCGCUGCACCACCCUGUGCCUGGGCUACUACAAGAACAUCCACGACAUCAUCCCCGACAGGAGCGGACCGGAGCUGGGGGGAGAUGCAACCAUAAGAAAGAUGCUGAGCUUUUGGUGGCCUUUGGCCCUCAUCUUGGCUACGCAGAGAAUCAGUCGGCCGAUUGUCAACCUCUUUGUUUCCCGGGACCUUGGUGGCAGUUCUGCAGCUACUGAGGCAGUGGCGAUCUUGACAGCCACAUACCCUGUGGGUCACAUGCCAUAUGGCUGGUUGACGGAAAUCCGUGCUGUCUACCCGGCUUUUGACAAGAAUAACCCCAGCAACAAACUGGUGAGUACAAGCAACACCGUGACCGCAGCCCACAUCAAGAAGUUCACGUUUGUCUGCAUGGCCUUAUCACUCACGCUCUGUUUCGUGAUGUUCUGGACGCCUAACGUUUCCGAGAAGAUUCUGAUAGACAUCAUAGGAGUGGACUUUGCCUUUGCCGAGCUCUGUGUUGUUCCCCUGCGCAUUUUCUCCUUCUUCCCGGUUCCAGUCACUGUGAGGGCCCAUCUCACCGGGUGGCUCAUGACCCUGAAGAAGACCUUUGUCCUGGCGCCCAGCUCCGUGCUGCGGAUCAUCGUCCUCAUCACCAGCCUCGUGGUCCUGCCCUACCUGGGGGUACACGGAGCCACCCUGGGCGUGGGCUCCCUCCUGGCGGGGUUUGUGGGCGAGUCCACCAUGGUCGCCAUAGCCGCAUGCUAUGUCUAUCGGAAACAGAAAAAGAAGAUGGAGAACGAGACGGCAGCCGAGGGGGAAGACUCGGCCAUGACGGACAUACCGCCCGCGGAGGAGGGGACAGACGUGGUGGAAAUGCGAGAGGAGAAUGACUAAGGCGCGGGACGCGGGGACAGCAGGGCGGCCGCGGUGGCAGCGCAGCGACAUCUCCGCUCCCGUCGUGCUCACUUUCUUCUGCUCUGGGUUUGGGUUUGGGUCACGGAAGAGGCCCUGCUGCCCAGGUUUCGUGUCGACUCUGCUGCGUACUGGGUCCGCUCACUCGGCUGUAGGGACCGAACGACGGCCUCCGCCAGCACUUUGUACACACAGAACAAUGAGCUCACGCCCCCGCUUCCCCCGAAAUCGAAGACGCAGCGGCCUCUAGAACAGCCUGUCUCCUCCUCCUCCCUCGGACAAUCUCCAACUCGGAACCAAAGGACAGCGGCUGUGCCAUCCGCGCGCUCGGCCGCCACCGCCCAGCAGGCCGCCCUGGACCCCGUCCCUCUGCAUCUCUCUUCCGAAUCCACAGGUGACAGCGGCUCUCUUCGGCUGGCUUCCCAGGACCAGGGCCGUCGGGGUCCUUCCACCCCGCACCCCUGCGGUCGGCCACCCCCGUGCGGAGCGUCCGCGACAGGCGGCGGCCCGGCCUGGCCGUUCACACUGACCAAUGCCUUUGUGAACGCGCCGCGCGGACGGACGGACGGACGCGCGGGCCCGACCUCCCGUGGGAAGGUUCGAGACGCCAGGGGAGUAGCGGACUGAACGGUAGCAUUUCACCUGCAUUUUCCUAGGUUUGAGCGAGCUCCCACCUUUCAGGCCCCUCCGUGUACAUACAUGAGCUAACUUUUUUCAGUUGUCGCAGAAGCGCAUCUCCAAAUGUCAACAUCCUCAGGCGUGACUUUCCCCGAAGGCUUGUUUGUCACUCACCUUUCCUGAAGAUGGCGCUAGAGAGCAAGUGAAACGGAGCAUUCUAACUUCACAUUCUUAGUUUUUAAAGUGAACGGAAGCUUUAAGUCAUAAUCUAGCAUUCUAAUGCCAGGUUGCUGUAUCGUAACUUUUGAAGUAGAUUCAUUACCUGGGUCCGCCACUCUUAGUCAUAACCAUGCGGGACAGGUAAUUCACGCCACACGAUAAAGCAAGACAUUUUCUAAGCGAUAGCAAAGUCACUAUGUGAUAUUCCCUGAAAUGACACAUUUGAAAUCCAUGUAGUGCAGUAUAUUUUUCUAAGUUUUGGAAAGCGGGUUUUUUCUUUAAAAAAUUAUGGACACAGUUCACUAAAUUCUUGAUUUAGUCAAAAUUCCUAGACGGAAAGAACCUAAACACAAAAAUAUUUUAAAGAUAUAAAUAUAUACUGUAUAUGUUAUGUAAUUUAUUUUAGGCUAUAAUACAUUUCCUAUUUUCGCAUUUUCAAUAAAAUGUCUCUAAUACAAUACGGUAAUUGUUUGUGUGCUCCACAGACCUGCAGUUGAAACGUAUUGUAUCGAUGAACAUUGUAUCUUAUUUACAGCAGUUUUACAGAGUCUGUCAUUUGUAUAUAAAUGUAAGGAUCAAUAAAUGAGGAGAGAACUAUUUUUCAUUAUGGGUAACGGGUAUAAAUGGGGUCAGCUGGUAUAGACAACAGUGGGGAUGGAAAUAUACACUGGAAGGGGUAAAAAAGAAAAAAGGAAGAAAAAGGCAAGCCUUUUGUGUUUAUUAUUUUCAGUACUGUGUAAUCAUAUUAUUCCUCAUUUAAAAAAAAAAAAGAAUGUAAGGGCAUAAAAUCAGCCAUGAACAUCACAGGGCUGCAUUCACAUUUCUGGAUAUCAAGUGACCUUGGGUGUGUCCACCGUGGGGACAAAUUUUCAUGUGCUUCCUCUGAGAGACUUUUCCUCCGUAUAGAUGAGUGCUGGAAAUUAAGAUGUGUAGCUCUCGGGUGGUUUCAGGGGCAGAUCUGAGAAGAUGGGGAAAAAAACGUCUAAUUGUAUCAGCUUUUUAAAAGUACAUGACUAGAAAAUUAAACAGCAGUAUUUUUUAACA